AGGCGCAGAAAAGGGGGCGGGGGACUCAGCUUGUUGUGUUGCUGCCCGAGAACCGGAGACGGUCCUGGUGCGGCCGCAGCUCUUCCAGACGCCCGACCAUGUCGUCUCAUUUAGUCGAGCCGCCGCCGCCCCUGCACAACAACAACAACAACUGCGAGGACGGUGACCAGCAUCUGCCCCCACCGACCGGCCUCAACAGUUCCUGGGUGGAGCUACCAAUGAACAGCAGCAAUGGCAAUGAUAAUGGCAAUGGGAAAAACGGGGGCCUGGAGCACGUGCCUUCCUCGUCCUCCAUCCACAAUGGAGACAUGGAGAAGAUUCUGUUGGAUGCGCAGCAUGAAUCGGGACAGAGCAGCUCCAGAGGCAGCUCCCACUGCGACAGCCCUUCCCCGCAAGAAGAUGGGCAGAUCAUGUUUGAUGUGGAAAUGCACACGAGCAGGGACCAUAGCUCUCAGUCAGAAGAAGAAGUUGUGGAAGGAGAGAAGGAAGUAGAGGCUUUGAAGAAGAGUGCAGACUGGGUAUCGGAUUGGUCCAGUAGACCUGAAAACAUUCCACCCAAGGAGUUCCACUUCCGGCACCCGAAACGUUCUGUGUCUUUAAGCAUGAGGAAAAGCGGCGCCAUGAAGAAAGGGGGCAUUUUCUCUGCAGAGUUCCUGAAGGUCUUCAUCCCGUCUCUCUUCCUUUCCCACGUGCUGGCUUUGGGGCUGGGCAUCUAUAUUGGAAAACGACUGAGUGCACCGUCUGCCAGCACCUACUGAGGGGAGCGAAGCCCUGGACACGCGUGUGACCUGUGAAGUGGUGUAUUGUCACAGUAGUUUAUUUGAACUUGAGACCAUUGUAAGCAUGACCCAAACUACCACCCUAUUUUUACAUAUCCAAUUCCAGUAACUCUCAAAUCCAGUAUUUUAUUCCAACUCUGUUGAGGCAUUUUACUAACCUUAAUUCCCUUUCUGGCCUGUAAGACACUUUAGAAUUUCCUAACAGAGUUUACUGUUGUUUAGAAAUUUGCAAGGGCUUCUUUUCUGCAAAUGCCACCAGCAGAUUAUAAUUUUGUCAACAAAGCUAUUAUCUCUUACUACUACCAGACUUGGACCUGUGUCAUUCAUGGUAUGAAUUUUACUCUUGCAAUGCUAACUACCAUCUCUCUCUUAAAACAAGAUCAGGUUAGCGAAUCAUAUAAAAGCUUGUGGUUCAGUUUUUCUUUUCUUUUUCUUUCCAAGACAAAGGCAAGCUUCCCUAAGCUUGAAUUUAUAGUUAUUAAAAAAACAAAAACAAAAACAAAUAAACAAAAAAGCAAGACACACACACAAAAAAAACUUGGGCAAUAAAAAAUUAUUUUAAACCA